ACAAAAUUGACGGCCCUGUCUUUGCUUUCAAUCCCCACCAACCAGGGAGACCGGCAGCCGGCUCACUUUUCUCAGGCGAUCUCUCCCUCAGGUACGCCUCCGCCUUGCCCUUUCUCUCCCCGACCUGUGUUUUUCUUUUUCCUGCAGAGCCCUAAAUAAUCCGAAAUUUUUACCAUUAGUUGAAAUCAGAAGUCUUUUACUUUGGCACCUAAAUUGUUAUCGGCCUAUAAAGUCUCAAGACAAUCGCUUUGCUCUCUGGUGGUAAUGGGCUGAAUAAGGCCUUAUUACUAAGGCCCCGGCGUCUCUUCUGGUUGGAACCCUCGUUCUGGAGCCUUUCCUUAUGGUUCAUUUUGUUUGUUCGGUUGGUUGUGCGUAUUUGGGAGAUUGGACUAGGGAUUGAUUGACUGCUCGCGAAUUGCACCAAAGAGUGUGUGCUUUUUAGUGUUUUACCUUAAUCUGGGGUGUUGGUUCUAUCGUUUCCAUGGCCAAAAGGACGUUUAGGUAACUGGGGUGAAGUUGUUUUGUUGUUGUCUGAUUGACAAUGGAGUUCGAGGUGGUGAAGGCGCAAGGGUUUGAGGAAUUGAUUCAGUUGGUAUGGUCGUGGAUUCUUUCUAUGGCAGCAGUUUCUGUAGAUGAUUGGUAUCGUUGUUUCUUUAUGCCAUCUUGAAGUUCAAAUUUCUACUUAGUAUGCUGUAGAAUGCAAAUUGACACUGCCGCUGGAGAAACUAUAUAAUGUUAACCAGUUGAAUUUGGAAGAGUUUUGGUGUUCAAAUCAGUUAGAUACAUUAGCAUGAUUGCCCAUUUUAGGUAUCUACCGUAGCUGACUGAUCUGUGAUAUGAAACAUCUGCUCACUCAGAACUAGGAAUGCAUCACUCUCAGUGCUUCCAAUGACAAAACCAAUCAUCUGACUGUAUUUUCUCUCUGUCUCUCUCUUCCCCCAUUCCCUCGUUCCCCUUCCCUCGAAGCGACAAGCAGUGCGAAGUCAAUUGUUUGUGUUGACAUUUCUUGAACAUGAUAUGUAUGAUCCAAUUUUGUUUGUGAUCAUUGCAGUGGUGUAAAGCAGAUUCCCUCAUAAAAUGGCUGCCUUCAAAGCUUUCUGGAAUAGCCCUGUUGGUCCUAAGACAACGCACUUUUGGGGACCUGUUGCAAAUUGGGGAUUUGUGGCUGCUGGUCUGGUAGACAUGCAGAAACCCCCAGAGAUGAUCUCUGCAAAUAUGACGGGAGCGAUGUGUGUUUAUUCAGCAUUGUUCAUGAGGUUUGCCUGGAUGGUACAGCCACGUAACUAUCUCCUUCUAGCUUGUCAUGCUUCCAAUGAGACUGUCCAACUGUAUCAGUUCUCACGGUGGGCAAAGGCUCAAGGGUACUUGUCUGGGGAGAAAAAGGAGAAGGAAUGAUGGAUGAGCCUUAUCAAUCACUAGAGGCUGAUGCACAUUGUUCUAGUUAUCAUUUUUCUUUAGCUUCUCUGAACUCAGUUUAUUUCGUGUAUCAAACGCUUGUGACCACGUCGUCCGAUUGAGGUCAGAAUUCUCAAGUCAUUUUCAGAAUUGAUGUACUGCUAUUCAUGACAUUUUGGUUGGAGAAAUACCAUGUACAGAGCAUAAUGAGAGGACCAACUAUUCUGUCCUUUCAUGAAGCAGAAGUCUACUUCAAAACCAUUUGAUGAAAAACUUGUACUUAAUGUACAACUUUGACAAUCUUCGUAAGCCUCGCUUGAUCUGUUCUUCCUGUCCUGGAGUUUGAUCCAGGGGAUGCGCCAAUCUAGGGCUUUGUAAAGAAUGAUUAGUGGGGUACAAUUUUUUUUUUUAUGGGAACCUGUGUGAAAUAUAUUAAAAUGGAGUAC